UGCUGUCAUUGUUGAUUCUGUUCCUUCAUUCCAUUCACUCAUUCUCUCGGGUCAAGGCUCUUUCCCGCCAUCGCCUUCGAGCCCUAUAUCUUGACUUGUGUGCUGCGCAUCUUAUAGAUACCACUUCCUCUCUGGGAACUGUGUCUACAUACCCGUGCUUCACUUCUCUGCCUCAGCCUUGGCAACUCCAAAGGCCUUGCCCCUGGUGGACAUCGUUUUUCUCUUUUCCGUUCCAAUCACUUCUCAGCCCAUAUCAGUAAUUCCAAACAACACUCGUCACCGAAGCAAUGGCCGGCCGACUGCUCACCGCCCUCACCUUUGCCCUGUCCGCCUUGGGCGUGGCGGGCCUCCCUCAGCCAUCCAGCAACUAUAUCGGAGUGCCAAUCUCCAACCCGGACGCGAAGAACACCAUCCCGAACAGGUACAUUGUUGUCUACAACGACAGUUUCAGCCAUGACGAAGUCACAGCCCACCAGACCACCGUCAUCAAGACGAUAGCCAAGCGCAACAUCGGCAAGCGCAGUCUCAGUGGGAGGUCCCUGUCGACCCAUGUCAGCACCUUCAUGAUCAACAACUGGCAUGCUAUGGCUCUCGACGCCGACGAUCUGAUGAUCAAUGACAUCUACGCGGCCAAGGAGGUUAGCUACAUCGAGCAGGACGCCUAUGUCAGCCUCAACCAGAGGCAAAGGCAGACCGGGGCACCAAACGGCCUGGCUCGCAUCAGCCAUGCCCAAGGCACCUCCGGGGGUUAUGUCUUCGACAGCAGCGCUGGCGAGGGCAUUACGGUCUAUGUGGUCGACACGGGCAUCCGGGUCACGCACAGCGACUUCGAGGGCCGUGCGACUUUUGCCGCCAACUUUGUCAACGAUGUUGAUACCGACGAGAACGGCCACGGAAGCCACGUUGCUGGCACCAUCGCCGGUAGGACUUUCGGUGUUGCCAAGAAGGCCGAUCUAGUCGCCGUCAAGGUUUUGGAUAAGGACGGGGCUGGUACGAACUCGGGUGUCAUCGCAGGGAUGGAGUUCGUCGCCAAUAACGCCACUGCCACCGGCCGUGCCGGCAAAGCCGUGAUGAACAUGUCUGUUGGCGGCUCCUUCUCCCAGGCUGUCAACAGGGCCAUAAACAAUGUUGAAGCUGCCGGCGUUGUCCCCGUCGUGGCAGCUGGCAACGAGAAUCAGAACGCGGCCAACACUUCUCCUGCAUCUGCCGAAAGGGCCAUCACGGUCGGCGCAAUUGAUCAGCGCACUGAUGAGAAGGCUUUCUUUUCCAAUUUCGGCCGGAUUGUCGAUGUCUUUGCUCCUGGCGUCGAUGUGCUGAGCGUCGGUAUCAGGAGUGACGACGAUUCCGUCCGGAAGGACGGCACUAGUAUGGCCUCGCCCCACGUCGCUGGUGUUGCGGCCUACCUGAUGGCGCUUGAGGGGAUCACGGGAGUGCAGGAUGUGGCCAAUCGCAUCAAGGAGCUUGCGCAGGCGUCUGGUGCGACGGUGAAGAACAACGUUCCUGGAACGACCAACUUGAUUGUCAACAACGGCAACCUUUAAAGAGCAAUGGGCCACUCCCGAUGUCCCAGGGGCUAGGGCAUUUCGUUUCUGACAGCAGGUUCUGUAUAUACGCCACCAUAACAUUUUAGAUGAUGCAUGAGGAGCAGAUCCCAUGUCCUGGUCUGUACAUAUACACGGAUGGUUUUCAUGAG